CGGAUAUGUUUGGCACAGAGAAGAUUGUGAGUUGUUUGGAUACAGUCCGUCGUAUCUAAGAAAGCUCCAUCAAAACCGUUGAAAAGUUUUAUCAAAAUGGAUGGGAACAUACGGCUUUUCGAAGAUCAGCAAACCAACAAUUGGGUCAAGGCGUGCAUAGCAUUGACCGUCACAAAAGGCGGAUUGGUUUGGUUUGUUGAAACAGAGAUGAAGAAGGUGCAUGCAGCAGUUGGCAAAAGUUGUGGCACCUGUAACAUGGCCAAUGUAUUGAAAUGUCCUAACACAGGGCAUAUGUAGGAAGAAUAAGUGUUCUUUUCAUAAGUCGCACAAACCUCGUCAAUGCCAACUUUGUGAGCAUGGGAAAGCCGCUAUAAUAUCAGUGCACAGAUUUUGUGGACCGUCUUGGCCUAACACCAAGGCGGAACGUUGGGCAACAGAUUAUUGGGAAGUGUGCAAAUGCUUCCUCCCACCAGAUGGUUAUAGCGACGUGCAAUCACUUAACGACGCAGAUUUCAACGCCGUUAUAAGCAUUAUGCUAAACUGCAAACACUUUGAAACAUGUCUCUCGUCUUGCUUAUCGCCUAGACCACCUGAUCCACAGUGCCCUUUGGAAAUGGUCCGAGAGGUAAGCCGAAAAUUACGUCAUACAUCCGACUGCAAGGUAACAGACACUGAUCUUCAAGAUUAUUUCCAGAAACUAACAACGCUAUUAUCUGACCCAUUAAGUUUAUGGAACGAGCCAUCUGCCAGAGAUGCACGAGUUAAGCUGAGUGACCUGCUAAACGAUCGUCUAUCUCUGGACGAGUUGGGUGCACUGCUGAGAAGCGUCAACCAAACUUUGAACAUGGCAGAAAGCACCAUAAGCCGAACUCUGGCGGAAAGCGUCCAGAUCAUUGACGAUAAACUAAAACAUGGUAUUCAGACUAUUCAACAAGAGACACAACAUGGCGUUAAAUAUUUAAAAGAUGAGACGCUCGAUUGUCAAGCUAGAAUUGAAGAUACCGCGCGGGAUGCAGAACACAAAGUAACAGAAACGAUACAGGAUGCAACUAAGAAAAUUGAAUUGGAAACAAAAGAAAGUACUCAGAAAAUUAAUGACACGAACCAGCAGUGUAUACGAAAAUUGGAACAAGAGACGCAACAUGGCAUUGAGAAGAUUGAGCAAGCAAAACAGAAAAGGCAAAAAACAGACUAUAAUAGCGCCUUAAAAGAACUUAUCAAACGGAUGAAGGCGCACUAUUGUGAAACUUUAAGUCAUGUGUCUCUUUCUGUACUGGAUCCUCAGCUUGACAAGCCUUUACAGGAUCUCUUUGUUAUACCAAAUAUAUACCGUGUAGUCAUAGAAGCCGACGGGAAACGCACAAAUAAAGAUCAAAUAUAUAAAUACAAAGACUUGUUUCACAGCGGGGAGGAAGUUCUAAAUCGACAUAUAUUCUUACAAGGUGAACCCGGUGUAGGAAAAUCUACGUUUGCUGCCAAGUUAGUAUUAGAUUGGUGCAAUGAAGACCGGUCUUUUUCGACAAAUCCAGAGAUGGGAGCGUUUGAUGACUUAGAAACCCUUCGCCAAUUCAAUGUCCUGUUUUUUAUUGCAUUAAGAAAUUCAGGAGACCAGACGGACGUCACGGAGAUGAUAAAAUCUCAAAUAAUUGACAUGAACUAUGCCAAAGAUGAACGAGAAAAUGCAUAUAAACUUCUAUUAGAUGUUAUACAACACGAACUUUGUCUUGUGGUUGAAGAAGGUAUAGAUGAAUGGGUGGAUCCUGACAAUAAACUAGUAUUACCUUCAAUGGCAGGGUUUCCAAAAGAGCGGAGUAUUAUUUUGUAUACGACAAGACCGUGGAAAAUGACGGACGAACGUAUAAAAAAUUCUCAAAUCGAUCUAUUGAUAGAGUUAACUGGAAUAACAGACUCAGAAGAUUUAAGCAGAAGAAUACUAAAAUGUAUCUCUGUUGACGACCUGAAUUCCAGUGUAGAACAAUUCAAAUGUUUCAUAAAAGAACAUGGAUUUCAAAAGAUAAUAUUGACACCGAUGAUGCUCACGAUUAUACUUUUGAAGUUUAAAACCGGAUUAGCAGAGCGGCUUACGCGGCCAUCAUUAUGCAAGUUAUACAGUGUUCUGCUGGAAAGUCUGUGCAAAAAAGCGAACGAUACAAAAGGUUAUUUUCUUCAAAUGAAUGCUCCGCAAUGUGUAUGCUUUGAAAAUACAGAAUACAUUGAACCUAACAUUAAGGAAAUAAAUGAGUUGGCAAAAGCAGCAUUUUACCUACGCUUUUCCAUGAAACAAAAAGCAACAGUAGUUUUCAGCGAGCGAGAACUUGCAAAGUAUAUAAAUAAUUACGUGGUGCAAUUUGCAUUAAAAACAGGAAUUCUAUUGAAAAGACGCGUUAAAAGUAGGUCUGAUAGAUCAUAUUGUUUUAUUCAUCUAUCUUUCCAAGACUUUCUAGCCGCGUAUUAUAUGGCUAACAAUAUGAGCGCAAUAGAGAACACGAUACAGGAGUAUCUGGACGCAUUUAAAUAUGCAUUUUACGGCAUGGCGCCGGCAUUUAUUUUUCUAUGUGGAAUACAUAUCGAUGCAGCAAAUAAACUUUCGAUUUUGAUGGACGCCAACAAGCACCAUUUUAGCAUCGAUUAUGUAUGGUUGUUCACCAAAGACCCUAAUUUUUGCAUACAAAAUGUGUAUAUAAAUGCCUUAAAAGAGGCUAAAUCCAGUGGGCACAAAGAUGAAGACAUACAUCUUAAAUUAAGCUCGUUUGACUUCACGUCUUGCUCUGAUUCAGACAGGGACGCAUUAUAUUGCUUGUUCCUGAUAAACAAAUCCAACGUCAUUUCUUUACGCAGUGAUAAUUGGGAUUCAGAGGGUUGCGACGUCUCUUAUUUGGAAAAUCUUGAAACCCUCAUUCUUUAUGACCCUGCGGACUUUAUACCUCGACCGUUACCUAAUCCAACGAAGCUAACGCAUCUUGAGUUAUCUAAUAUUAUUUUAUGCUCUUCCCUCCAGGAAUGUUUUCAAACAUUGUUUGAAAACUAUACACAUGAAGACGAAAAUGAAGACACUCCUUCUAUUCCGCCUACACUUGUACAAAUUGUAUUGAAAUUGCCAGAGGAUACAUGUUCACAAUCAUGGUUACGCCGACUUUUUAAAACCAUUCUAACAUUUCCAGUACUGAUCUUUGAGCUGAGAAUUUCCAACAUAUCUGUUGACAUAAUAAAAACAGGAGAAUCUGUAGAUGUUAAUGAGCUGGUUGCGACGGACACAAAUGUUCCGUGUUUGUUUGACGCCAUUCGUAAUUCGAAAGUGACGGACCUGUGUGUGGACUUAUUCCGUGUUACGCCUUACCAAGUUUCAGCAUUCUUACGCAUGCUACCAACGUUAACAAACGUGGAAACUCUAAAAAUAAUAUCAGAUAAAAUAUGCUUAGAUAUCAAACUACCACAAUCGGUAAAGUGUGUUAAAUUUGAUUACUUGUUCACGGUGCUGUCGCCAAGCGAAGUGCGCUUUCUGCUGAAAAAUGUGAUGUUCUUGCAACACUUGAAAGAGUGUAAGCUCAAGUUCGGAUACAACGGAGGGCUUCAUAAAUAUGAAACCAUCAAGAAGGAUCUGGAUGAAAUGCCAAAUAUUGAAGUUUCUAAAAAUGAACAUGAAAUUUUAAAUACUACCUCCAACUCCGAAUAUGGCUUAAUGGAGAGAUUAACCACAUUCGGCGCUCUUGACAAUGGUCAUUAUUAUGAUGAUGAGGAUGAUGAGGAUGAUGAAAAUGAAUAUUUUAAUGAUUACUUUGAGGCUAUUGCUGCGGCUCGAUCAGAUGAUGAUGAAAAUGGUGAUGAUGACGAUGAUUUUGAAGCUGCUGUUCUUGGUGAAUGAUGAUACAAAUGCCUCUGAUAGAUCUUCUACAACCGCUGCUCCAACUACAGCGACUUCAGAAUAUAUUUCCGUUUCUCGUCAUGUCUGGAGAUCUGUUGCUACUGUGGCUGAAGCGGCUACAGAUAAUGAGUAUGGCGAUGAUGAUGAAGUUCGUCUUUAUUAUAAGGGUGGAAUAUUUUAUGAGAAAAAUUUCCAUUGGUCGCCUACAGAACAAAAUAUAAAAAUCAAUUUACAGAUUAACAACUAACAACUAGUAUAAUGCACAAACAUACGAAAUGAAAUAUUUAAAGUUGGAAUAGUUAUGUGGUUUAUUUUGUAUUAUUUAUUCAACAUGUAGAAUUCGUUUUCGUUAAUUAUAUUAAUUAUAUUUCAUAUGCA